UGAUUAAUCCAUCGCACGAUCUGUAUCAGAUGCUCAUCUCGACGCCCCUUCGCCCGUGCAGGCGAGUUUGCCGCUCAUAAUGCAGACAUGACAGCAUCUUAAGCUCAACAAGCGAUGCCUCACCACUUGAUUACACAUGAGAAUGAUUCUUGCUGUCUGCUGGUUCAGCUGUGCAGUUUCUUCAACUUCUUUCACUAUUUAAAGAGGGGAACCCAAAGCCCGGAAGACACACACCAUUGCAGCAGCUUGCCUUCUUUUGUCUUCUCUUCUCUUUCAUUUCAAGAGAAAAGAAGCUUCACAGCUUCCAUUCCAUUCCAUUCCACGCAUGGCCUGCCAUCUGAGGUCCGCGAGUGUGCCUUCCAGCCCUCGCUCCAACGAAGCCAACGUCGAGGAACAGCUGCAGAGCCUGAAGGCGGUCGUAUCCUCACCUUCCGCGACCAUUCAAACCAUGGUUGAUGGUCUGGCCAAGCUCGGGAGCAUCUACAGCCGCAUCGAUGAGCUCACAUGCUUACCCAGCAGCCUGCGUCAGCAGAGGAAGGCAGUAGAGGAGGAGCUCGAGCGCUCUCUCGUCCUUCUUGACCUCUGCAACGCCAUGCAGGAGAGCUUCACGGAGCUCAAUGACAGCGUCCAGGAGAUGCAGCUGGUUCGCAAGAGAGGAGACGAUGUGGCUGUUCAGGCCAAGGUUCAGUCUUACAUCCGCUCAGCCAAGAAGGCGCACAAGCCGUUCAAGAGGAUCAGCAGCAUCAAGGCUGCUUCUGACAAGGAAUGCUGCAGGGUGGUCAAGCUCUCGGUUGAAGCAAGAGAGAUCGCUGUGUCGAUGCUCGAAUCGACAUUGGAUCUCCUGUCGAAGCAGAUUGCGAUGCCGAGUUCUGGCAAGUGGUCGCUUGUAUCCAAGGCAUUCCAGAAGAAAAGAGUUGUGUGCGAGGAUGAGCAAUUGCAGGCGUUGGAGUUGAACAUUGUGGAUCUUCAGAACGGAGUUGAAACUUUGUUCAGGAGAAUGAUCCAGAUCAGAGUUUCUCUUCUGAAUACUCUUAGCUUUUAGAGGGCAGAUCAGGCACCAACCAACUCUGAUCCCUGUGAUUGGCGUCCACCUUUUAGAGGAUUUGCUGAUCAUUCAAACAAUUUUGAUGUAUAUAUAUAAGAAAAAGUGUAC